AUGGCUCCCAUCUGGACUGCGCUGUGCGCGUUGACACUCGGCCAGGCGGUAUUGGCUGCACCUCAUCUGGAGGCACGAGCCACCGGUAGCUUAGAUACUUGGCUGGCAUCAGAGACGAGUGUUGCGCGACAGGGAAUUCUCCAUAAUAUCGGGGCAAGUGGCGUGUAUGCUGCAAGUGCAAAACCGGGAAUUGUGAUUGCGAGUCCCAGCACUGACAACCCUGAUUACUACUAUACCUGGACUCGCGACUCGGCUUUGACUUUGAAGGUUGUAAUAGAUCUUUUUAAGAAUGGCGAUGGUGAUUUACUCGACGUCAUCGAGGAAUACAUCAACGCGCAGGCCUAUAUCCAGACGGUUUCCAAUCCAUCGGGCGGUCUUUCGAGUGGUGGCCUGGGUGAACCCAAGUUCAACGUCGAUGAGACGGCGUUCACCGGCGCUUGGGGACGUCCUCAGCGUGAUGGUCCUGCGCUCCGAGCUACUGCUCUGAUCGCCUUUGGCCAAUGGUUGAUUGAUAACGGGUACACAACUCAAGCGACGAACAUUGUUUGGCCAAUUGUGCGGAACGAUCUCUCUUACGUGGCACAGUAUUGGAACAACACUGGUUUUGAUCUGUGGGAGGAGGUCAGCGGGUCUUCCUUCUUCACGAUUGCAGUGCAGCAUCGCGCCUUGGUAGAGGGAAGCAAAUUUGCCUCCCAGGUUGGCUCCUCCUGCUCGUACUGCGACUCCCAAGCACCUCAAGUGCUGUGUUUCCUGCAGUCAUUUUGGACAGGAUCAUAUACACUGGCCAACUUUGGCAGUAGCCGUUCGGGCAAAGAUGCCAACACCCUUCUCGGCAGCAUUCACACCUUCGACCCUGAAGCGGACUGCGAUGACACGACUUUCCAACCUUGCUCAGCUCGAGCGCUGGCCAAUCACAAGAUUGUCACCGACUCUUUCCGCUCGAUCUAUACCCUCAACUCGGGCAUUGCUGAAGGCAAGGCUGUUUCGGUUGGUCGCUAUCCGGAGGACACUUACUACAAUGGUAAUCCCUGGUAUCUAUGCACUCUGGCUGCAGCUGAGCUUCUUUAUGAUGCUCUCUACCAGUGGAACAGUAUUGGCUCUCUUACGAUCAACAGCGUGUCGUUAGCCUUUUUCCAGGAUAUCUAUAGCUCGGCUGCUAUGGGCACAUACUCAUCAUCGAGUGCAACCUACUCUUCCAUCGUUAGUGCUGUGAAGACUUAUGCUGAUGGAUACAUGAGCCUUGUGGAAGAAUAUGCCGUGACCAACGGCUCACUGUCCGAGCAGUUCUCCAAGUCCGAUGGUUCGCCGCUGUCUGCGCGUGAUCUGACCUGGUCAUACGCCGCACUGCUGACAGCGAACAUGCGUCGCAACUCUAUCGUCCCAGCUGCAUGGGGCGAGGCCUCCGCCAGUAGUGUUCCCGCUACGUGUAGCUCUACUUCCGCGAUUGGCACAUACAGCGCCGCAACCAACACUGACUGGCCGAGUACUUUGACCAGUGGAUCAAGUACUGCGACAGGUGGAACCACUACAACCAAGUCUACGACAACUAAAUCACCUAGCACGACAAGCACUUCCUGCACCACCCCGACAUCGGUGGCAGUGACCUUUGAUCUCAUUGCGACUACCGUGUACGGUGAAAGCGUCAAGCUAGCAGGAUCGAUCGAUGCACUUGGUGACUGGAACACGGCCGAUGCAGUUGCCCUGAGCGCAGACAAGUACACUAGCUCCGACAACCUCUGGUAUGUGACUGUCAACCUCCCGGCAGGAACUACUUUCCAGUACAAAUACAUCCGUGUCGAGAGCGAUGGAACUAUUGAGUGGGAAAGUGACCCGAACCGCUCCUACACAGUUCCGGCUGCCUGCAGCACGACAGCUGUAACGGAGAGCGACACUUGGAGGUAG